CAGUGGACAAAAGAGUCGAGCCAUUUAUUUUUCCGUUCCUAAGAAAAGCGAAAGAGGCCAUGUACUUGUAAGAGAGAGGGUUUUCGGGUGAUACGAAGCCCAGACGAGUUGCGCAAAAGAGUUGUCGACACGGCGGCGGCUUUAAGCCCAAAGAGCCCACGGCUCCUGAUGCUGGGUGGCUCCUCUACUCGCUUGUUACUCGCUCCGAUCUCUCAAGUCAAGAACUUCGCACCCUCGACGUCAACCGAUCCAAGUCUUCUCCCAUUUUGCCCACGACAAGUCUAUUCUUUUGUUGUUGUGGUCCAUUCUGUCGUCCUCAGUCCCUCCAGUUGUCAUCCACAACAAGAACAUGAGUGUGGAUCUGGUCCAAUAGAGGCUUGUCCUCCUUGUCGGGUCUCCGUUCAUGUUUUAACUGCCUCACCUCUCUGCCUCCCACCACCACCCGAUCACAGCCUACAGACCCCAGCUACUGUUUCGAUAACACCUUCUCCAUCGUCCUCAUCGAUUCCGACCGUCGGAUCCCAACUUUGAACGCUUUCAUCGAGAAUUCUGCUCUAUUUUGCACUCGCAUGUUGCAGACUGCGCUUUGUGGCGCGAAUCCACAACACCUGCGUUGUCGGACAGUCUCCACCACCCUCAAGACUUGCAAGACCUGAACAUGUCGACUCCUUCCACGAUAGCAACGACUCUCGUCCCUGCUCACUAUGGUUAUCCUCAUCAAAACCCUUAUUCACCUUCGACCAGAACAUACCCCGCAACUACUACUUUGCCUGCACCACAGCGACUGACGACGACUUAUCAUUCCUACCCGACUGCUGCACAGUAUCCGCGACCUCUACCAUCUCCUGCCUCGUACAGGCAGCCUUCAAACGUCUCGUCUAUGGCUCCUUCCCAGGCUGCUUCGGCUUUGCCCGACAACCAGCAGCGAAAACAACCCGACUGGAAUGAUUUCUACAAAAAUGGCGUUCCCAAAGAAAUAAUUGUCAUUGAUGAUGAUUCUCCUGAACCUGAACGCGCGGGCAACGCCCCCAGUCGACAGCAGCAACCUGAUGCAUCUGCAUACGGACAAAAUGGUCGGAAAAGAAAAGUGGACCAGGGCUACGAGAUCGAGUACACAGAUAGCCCAACAUAUUCGACACAUCCUGCAAAAUUUGGUGGCUCAUCGUCGUCAGCUUCAUACCAUUCAGGUGAUCGUACGACCUCCCUACAAACCGUAACGGCACCGACCUCGCUCGAAUCGUAUGGCAGCAAUCCUGCCAGCACCAGCUAUGAAGAUGUGAGGACAGGACAAAAAAGAAAAAGAGCGCAGCCGCAGAAAGAGACGAGAGCACAAGCGAAAAGAAAGCAACAGGAGACUACAGACGCUUUUGAAGACUACAUACCGCCUCCCAAGCCCUUGCGAAAGGCUCCGGAUGUCCACGUUCCCGUCAUACGCGAUACUUUGCACAAGCACCAGAAGGUGGAUGACGACGAUGGUCACUACAUGGUGACUGCCAACACUCAAUUGACUGAUCGAUACGACAUUGUUAAACUUCUUGGUCAGGGCACGUUUGGAAAAGUUGUGGAGGCAUUCGACAAGAAAAAGAAGACAAAAUGUGCCGUCAAAAUUAUCAGAUCGGUCCAGAAAUAUCGUGACGCCUCACGAAUUGAGCUGCGUGUGCUGUCAACGCUGGCACUGAACGACAAGACCAACAGAAACAAAUGCAUCCACCUCCGUGACUCAUUCGACUUCCGGAAUCACAUAUGCAUUGUCACAGAUCUAUUGGGACAAAGUGUCUUUGAUUUCCUCAAAGGCAACGGUUUCGUGCCUUUUCCCAGUUCUCAGAUCCAGAGCUUUGCUCGACAACUGUUCACCAGCGUAGCCUUUCUGCACGAUCUGAAUCUGAUUCACACAGAUCUCAAGCCGGAGAAUAUUCUGCUCGUCCACAAUGCGUACCAGACGUUCACCUACAAUCGGACGAUACCGUCGUCAUCGCACACAACAUCGAGAACUGCCAGACAACGGAGGGUGCUUCUGGACAGCGAGAUUCGACUGAUAGACUUUGGUUCAGCCACUUUUGAUGAUGAAUACCACUCUUCAGUGGUAUCGACGAGGCAUUAUCGGGCCCCGGAGAUCAUCCUACAACUCGGCUGGAGCUUCCCUUGUGAUAUUUGGAGCAUAGGAUGCAUCAUCGUCGAGUUCUUUACCGGGGACGCCCUGUUCCAAACCCACGAUAAUCUCGAACAUCUAGCCAUGAUGGAGGUGGUUUGUAACGGGAAGAUCGACCCAAAAGUCGUCAAACAAGUCUGCUCUGGAGGCCGUGGCGCUAAUGCCAAUUCUGCAUCCAAGUUCUUCACGCGAGGAAAACUUGAAUACCCCAGUCAAGAGACUUCUAAAGCGUCACGGAAAUAUGUGAAAGCAAUGAAGCACUUACAUGAGUUUAUACCUGCAAAUACUCCCUUCAACAAGCAGCUACUCGAUCUACUAAGGAAGAUCUUUGUGUACGAUCCGAAACAAAGAAUCACGGCAAAAGAGGCACUCAAACAUCCCUGGUUCAAGGAGACGUUGAUCGACGAUGGGACCGAGGCAAUCCGCAUACGUGAGGAGCGUGCGGCCCUCGGUCCUGAGGCGAAACGACCACGGGUGUGACGUGCACAAAGAUAUUUGCGCUGUUACGCGCAACACACGACUAUUUUAUGACACCCAGAGUGGAUGUGUGCAUUUCUAACGGCAUGCAUGGCACCGUGGACGCCCCACUACUGUAAUGGAAAGGCUUUGGACAUGUGUCGCAGUGAGAGUGCCCAAGGCAUAGUGGCUUCCGUGGCUUGCGACAGUCGUCAUCUUGAUUAGACCUCAAAAUCUUGUGGAGAAGGAUGACAUGUGGAAGCUCUCGGGUCUACUCGGGAAAACAAAGUCAAAGUGCCAUGGAGCGGGAAGGAGAAGGUGGCUGGAUGCCAUGCUGAGGUUGAGUCGAAGGGUGUUAGCUGUGACAAGACUACGAUACUUGCGUAUCAACAGCUUGGUGAUAUCAUGUUCACCCAGCAGAAGUGAGGCCUGUGCAUGCAUUACCUUCUAGUCGAUAAGACGCAAAUAUGGAAUUGAAUUGAACAUGACUCUGGCCCGAGUAUA